CACAAGACAAAUCGGGCUUAUUGUAAAUAUCAAUAAAUGAAUAAAUCAAAUAAAAAAAUAUAAAAGUGAUUAAAGAGAACAGUCCCGUCUCCCCUCAUGCCACCGAUGAGGCUCCAAAGGAAGGGACAUCUGUGAUCGGACGGAGCGGCUUCUCCAUGAACAUGGCGCGCAUCGGGGACGCAGACCCCUUCACCGCUGCGAUACCCGCCACCAAAGUUGAGCUGACGGUGUCCUGCAGGAACCUGCUGGAUAGAGACACGUUCUCCAAGUCCGAUCCAAUUUGUGUACUGUACACUCAAGGGAUUGCAAACAGAGAAUGGAGAGAGUUUGGCAGGACCGAAGUCAUAGACAACACCCUCAAUCCCGACUUUGUCCGCAAAUUUAUUCUGGAUUACUUCUUCGAGGAGAGGCAGAAUCUUCGUUUUGACCUGUGA